CCAUCCUAUUUGCUUUUUGGACAUACUUCUCUUUUUGUCUUGUUAUCAUAUAAACCCUCCAUCCAAUUCCUUCAACUUCCUCAUCCUUCUUCUCUAACUGUUGAGUUCCCAAUAAUUACAACUCCUCUUCUUCUUUGGAUCUUCCUCUUCAACAUCUUUGCUCUAUAUUGCUAAAUUAGGAAAAGAGAAAAGUUGAAGAGAGAAGUUCCAAAUUAAUUAGGAGUAUAUACAUAUGGCACCUGUUUCAUUGCCACCAGGUUUUAGGUUUCAUCCCACUGAUGAAGAACUUGUGGCUUAUUAUUUGAAAAGAAAGAUCAAUAACAAGAAAAUUGAACUUGAGAUCAUUCCUGAAGUUGAUCUUUACAAAUGUGAGCCAUGGGAAUUACCAGGAAAGUCUCUAUUGCCUAGCAAGGAUCUAGAAUGGUAUUUCUUCAGUCCCCGUGACCGUAAAUAUCCAAAUGGGUCGAGGACAAAUCGGGCAACGAAAGCUGGAUACUGGAAGGCGACGGGGAAGGACAGGAAAGUAAAUUCACAAACUAGGGCAGUGGGGAUGAAGAAAACCUUGGUGUAUUACAGAGGAAGAGCACCUCAUGGAGCUCGAACUGAUUGGGUUAUGCAUGAAUAUAGAUUAGAUGAACGUGAAUGUGAAGUUGCCAAUGGCUUGCAGGAUGCUUAUGCACUUUGCCGUGUAAUCAAGAGGAGUUUGAAUAAUAAUGGUCCGAAAAUAGGGCAGCAAUAUUAUGGUAGCGCGGCGAUAAGUGAUAGAUCCUCUAGCAUUGAUCAAGUUUAUUCUGAGGGAAGAGGUGAUCUUCAUGAUAUAGAGAGCUCUCAUGAUCAUGAAUAUGGAAUUAUGCCAUCCUCCUCAUCCUCAUCCAUGGCAGUCCAUGGAUCUCCUAUCAACACGAAUGCUUCUGCUCCAACUGAUGAUAGAUGGAUGCAAUAUUUGUCAAAUGAAGCUUUUACUUUCAACAACAACAACACUGCUCAGCCCAUUCCAAAUUAUGGAACUUUGCCAUUUCUCCCAUCCAAGGUUGAUAUAGCAUUAGAGUGUGCAAGGUUGCAGCAUAGGUUCACCUUACCUCCACUGGAGAUUCAAGACUUCCCUCAAGUUGGCUAUGUUGAUCAUGAUGCCAAGAUGCCUCAAUCAAGUUUUAUCAAUCAAGAUUCAUGGUGUGGAAAUAGUAAUUUAUGUGCUCCUAUUGAUGACUUCUCUUUCCUAAUUCCUCCUAAUAAUAACCAAAUCCAUCAUGACUUGAGCUCAUUCAAUUUCAUGGAGCAAGAUGAUAAUGUAAUUAGGUCCAUUGAUAUUGGAGAUUUUGAUCACGAGGACUUUAAAUCUGAUAGAAUGGUGGAAAAUUUGAGAUGGAUAGGAAUGUCAAACAGGGAUCUUGAGAAGAAAUUUUUUGAGGAUUAUAAGACUGUUCCAAUCGACAAUGUUUCAUCUGUCCAGAGAGAUCAUGAGUUUCAAGCUGAAAACAGUGGUCAGAACAACAGCUUCAAUAGUGGAUUGAAUGAAACAGAAGCAAACAAUUUCUCAAUGGGAUUUGGAAAUGACAACUUGUUGGGAGAUGGAGAUGUGACAGAUGGUUUUUCAAGUUGCCCAAGCUUUCAAGUAUAUGGAAAAAUUGAAGUGAAUCAUGGGUUCUUUAUAGCUACCAGGCAAGCAUCCAAGACAUUUUAUCAUCAAGUGACACCUUCUAGGACACUUACAAUCCAUAGAAACCUAGUUCCACUCCAUGAUUUUCCAAAAAAUAGAGCUCCUCAUGAUAAUUUUGUCACAAAAGUCACAAGACCAUGGACAACAACCAUGAGAACUUUGGUGAGUAUGGUUGCAAUUUUACAAACUUUAUGGCUCUAUGUUGGUGAAUGCUUGGAGUUGGAGGAAAAAGGUUUCAAAUUGGAAGACAAGAAGGGUGUCUAUGAAGAAUGUUGCUUAAUAGAGAGGGUGGAGAAGAAGAAAGUUGAAGAUUUCAAAUGGGAUAUUUAUAAGCAAAGUAAAUUCCCAAUUGGUGACAAAGAUGAAGGGAUCAAAUAUUGUUGCUAUUUGGAAAAGAAAUGGCCUAAUUACCUCACACUUGUAGUAGCUCUUUCCAGCAUUUGGUUGCACCAUAUAAUUGUCCCUUCAUUUUGACCUUUUCAUUUUUUCCAUAUCAGAAUAUUUUGUUGUAUUGCUAACUAUAAUUGUUGUUAGGGAAGGCCCAAUUUAAGAGCCCCCUUGAAUUAGAUACCAAAAAUCUCAAUGUACUUUUUAAAACCUCCUAUAUCAAAUUAUACUUAACAGUGAGCUUUUGUUUUG